AUGGCUGAUCAGUGUUCCAACGAUGCUUACUCUCGCGUGGGCAUCUGGAUCCCUGUCACCGACCCGGCCCGAGCUCGCAAGUUCUACUCCGCGGUGUUGGGCUGGACGUGCAUGGAAAACGGCGCCCCUUCCCCGAUCGCAGGCAUCAAGGAGACCUACUUCUUCACCAAAGGGAACAACGUAAACGGCUGCUUCUGCCUGAUGGACCAGGCCAAGAUCAUCGACACAAGGGAUGCAGCGGACAAGGACCGUGUCGGUGUCCACACGGUGUUUGCUGUCAAGGAUAUUGCGGAGUCAUUGGAUCUUGUGCAGCAGCAUGGGGGUCAUAAACACCUUGACAAGACCAUGGAAUUCGGAUGGAUGCUGCAGAUGGUGAGAUAG